AACUCUGGCCCAAGUCUUUUCCUUUUCGUGGGCUCGGUAAUUCGAAUCGUGUGUCUAAUUGGUGAAGGUAGUGGACAAGUUUAAUCAUGGAGAAUGUCGAAGACUGGUCCAAAUGGAAUCCAAUGGCUGCGGAUUUUUACGAUGAGGCGGUGAACAGCUACGUAAAUGCUGAUGGGCCAAACCUUGUUGACGAGGCACAUGUUCCUCCACUUGGCGAGAAGAAGGAAGAAAAGCCUAUUAAUCUGAAAAAAUACCCGAGUUUGGCUAUUGCGAAGGACACGAAUUUAGUAACCGAGCGUACACUUAAGAUGUUCUUAGGCGAACAUUUAAUUUUCCAUAUAGAUUAUCGAAAAAACUCGGGUGUCUUUAAGGUCUACUUCAAACAUAUUGGCGCCUUCGAGACGGCUCGCCUAAAGCUUGACGGUUGUAAAACGUUCACCGUUCUUAAUGGUCGCAGAAAUUUCCAGCCAGAAUUCUCAAUUCCGUCUGGUGCUUCAACUUCACCUAAAGAAUGGCCAAGUCCAGCGCCGUUUAAAUCGCUAUUGGACCGCUCGAGUGUGGAUCUUGAAUCCCGAACAUAUCCGAUUUCAGAGAAGUUGAACGAUCAUCCGCAGUUCACACGCGCUCCCCUGGUCAUCAAAGCCGACUAUGCUAAGGGAUCUCUGUUGGCCAAGAAUGAUGCUAGUCGGCGAUACUUGAACGUUAAAUACGAAUUUGUUUUGGAACGAUAUAAUGCUUAUAUCCUUGCAUAUGAAUCAAAGCAAAUAAACACGAUGGUGAAGGCUCAGUCUGGAAGAGCCUUUCUCUAUCCCAAAAAAUCGAUGUUAGUUGAAAAUAAUUUUAUAAUCAAAAAUGACGAAAACAACAACGAGGAUCUGAGCAAAUGGAACAUCAAAAUGUGCAUCGCUUGCCAUGGCUUCACCAAGACCGCUUGCAAGAUCUGCGCAAUGCCAUUUUGCAAUGCAGAGUGUCUAAGGGCAGUCAAGGACAAGCACGAGGAAUUCUGUGCCGCAAAGGACAAGCACGAGGAGUUGUGUGACCCAAAGACUCCUUUUCCAGUUGGUGAGAAAGUUCCAAGUACUGCUUGUCCCAAUCCUGGGUUGCCGCCUACAAAAGGAACAGUCAGGAUUACUGCCUUUGAACAGACCAAUGUGGUCUAUGUGAUUUCGACUGAACGCGAUGUGGAGAUGGCUUAUUUUUCUGUACUCCAGGAGGUCACCUCGAAGAGUAAAAACGCUGUCAAGCUUCAGACGGUGCCACAAUGUGGACAGAUUGUAAUCUACAAAUCUGAGUCUCAAACAAUUCGAGCCGUGGUUUUAAAUGUAGAGGACCCUAAAGAGAUCUAUGUGGUUUGCAUGGACUACGGCAAUGUUGAUAUCGCAAAACUAGAAGAUCUGUACGAGUGCUCGGACUAUUUGGCUGGCCUCGCUGUCUAUCCAGUUGCUGUUCAGUUACGGGGCGUCCCAAGGCGUUUCAUGAAUCCCAAUGUACGGGAACUUCUCUACGAGCUUUGCAUCAGCACCACCUAUAAAAUAAGGUACUCCAAGCGGGAAUAUAACUAUAAGAAGGGUCUACAAAUUGUUCAGCUAGUUGAAAGCGAGUUCCAUCGAAACCUAAAUCGUUACAUCAAAAACAUGAUUACUCCCGUGGAGCCUUCGAUGUCUGGAAAGGGAUUCAAAGAGGAUUAUUUUUCGCAUAUUUACUUGCCUACCGGCAAAAAGAUCCAACUGGUUGUCAUGGAUAACACUUUUGUUAAGUAUGGCCUGAUCUAUUGCACCGUCUUGGAUCUGGCAUACGAAGUCACCAAAAUGCAGAGGGACCUGCAGGAUUACGGCGAAAACAUUGCCAAAUGUGAAUCAUUUGCACCACCUAAAGGCGAGGUGUGUGUAGCCAAAUAUAAGGAAAAUUGGUGUCGUGGUAUGACGCAGGAACUUGUGGGGGAUGGCUAUCCAAGCAUCUUGUUCCUGGAUUACGGCAAUAUUCGGCCGGUUCACAUUAGCGAAAUACGUCCAUACCCAGCAGAGUUUAAAUUUCCCAUUGUGACCUCAGAACUGGAGCUGAUUGGUUUUCCUGAAGAAGUUACCGAUGAACAGGCUGCACGUUUAGAGGAUUAUUUCGGCGUGGGAACUUUGGUGAACUGCGAUGAAGUUAUUAAAAACGAGGGCGCAAACAAUUAUAGUGUCCGUUUUGAUAUACUUAACCGUAUAUUAAAUAUCUAAAUACAUUAAAUAACUAUAUUAAGUAUAUCAUUCUUCUUAAAAAUCCUUCUUAAUUUACAUAUUUAACUAAACACCUAAAGCCUAUACAGUAAUACCAGUAAUAUUAUAUAAAUAAUAUUAAUUAAUGCCUUGUAUUCAGUGAAAAUAUAUUUUAUUUCGUUCUAAUUAUUUUCUAGUUGAGUUUUUUUUUCAUAAACAUAAAUUGAAGGCUUUCCAAGUCAUGAAAGGGACACACUU